AUGGCUGUGUGUCUGUACUAUGGAUUCGGAACCACCGAGGACAAGAAGAAGGCGGCCGGCAUAUUCGAGCAACUCGCCAACGAAGGCCACAGUGACAGCCAGAACUGGAUCGGAGAGUGCUACUUGUGUGGCUGGGGAGUAUCAGAGGACUACAAGAAGGCAUUCGAGUGGUACAGUAAGUCGGCCGACCAAGGCAACUCGUACGGGCAGUUCAUGGUCGGUUUUUGCUACUUCGAUGGAUAUGGAGUCACCCAGGACUACGCCAAGGCAGUUGAGUGGUAUUGCAAGUCAGCCGAACAAGGCAAUCGAUACGGACAACAUUGGCUCGGUUUCUGCUACAAGAAUGGACAUGGUGUCCCCGAAGACAUUGACACCGCCGUCUUCUGGUAUCGCAAGUCUGCCGACCAGGAUUGCCAAGCUGCCAUCAAUAGUCUCAAGGAACUCGGCAAGUGGCCCUGA